CCAAACCGAUGUUCGUCGCUGUGAGACCUUCCCGGGAAAUAUCUGAGAGAAGAAGAGAUGGGAGAAGUGGGAAAGGCGAUCGGACUGCUGAUAAGCGGGACGCUUGUGUACCACCAUUGCGCUAAUCGGAAUGCGACUCUUCUCUCCCUCCUCUCUGACGUUCUCAUUGUUCUCUUAUCCUCUCUCGCCAUCCUCGGUCUUCUUUUCCGUCAACUCAAUGUCUCGGUACCUGUGGAUCCAUUAGAGUGGCAAAUAUCACAGGACACAGCCUGUAACAUUGUUGCGCGCUUAGCUAAUACUGUAGGAGCAGCUGAAUCCGUUCUGCGGGUUGCAGCAACAGGACAUGACAAGAGGCUAUUUUUUAAGGUUGUGAUCUGUCUUUACUUUAUGGCAGCUCUAGGACGAAUCAUAUCGGGUGUUACCAUUGCCUACGCAGGACUAUGUUUGUUCUGUCUCUCCAUGCUUUUUCAGAGUUCUAUCGGAAACUCUGUAUUGAACCGACCAAACGGAGCGGUUUUGGAAUGAGAAACACCUUCAGAGUUCUACCACACAAGCAAACUUUCUGAACUUGUUCUCUUCGUUUUGUCCUUUUCCACCUUACAUUUCAUAGCUUUGGAUAGUUGUAAUAAUUCCUGCAGUUCCUAAAUGUACAAUUGUUUUUUUUUUGUGAUUUAAAUCUGAGUUACAUUUA